GUAAUGGGGGCCUUUUAGAGCCAAUAGUCCAGAGUCAGUCCGUUUUAAUCACCACUUAUUACCUGAAGAUCUAACGGUCUCAAGUCCUCCGAAAAGAAGAAGGAAAAGAAAACAAUAGCACUGGAUCAGAGCCGAAUUUACUUCAGGACUUUCUCUUUCUUUGCUCAAACCCUAAACUCUCUCUGUUCAGGGUUUUACAGCUGAAUGAUUUGGAAGUGAAGAAGGAGAUUCAAAGAAAGAGAAAUGGCAACCCAAGCAGCUCAAUCUUUCAGUGGCAACAUGAAGAAAGCACUUGCUGGGCUGAGACGUAUAAAUCUGGAAGGUCUGCGCUGGAGGGUAUUUGAUGCCAAAGGCCAGGUCCUUGGCAGAUUAGCAUCCCAAAUAUCAACUGUGAUUCAAGGAAAGGAUAAGCCGACAUAUGCUCCAAAUCGUGAUGAUGGGGAUAUGUGCAUUGUGCUUAAUGCAAAAGAUCUCUGCGUCACAGGGAGAAAGCUCACGGACAAGAUUUAUCAUUGGCAUACGGGCUACAUUGGCCACCUCAAGGAAAGGACUUUAAAGGACCAGAUGGCUAAAGAUCCUACAGAAGUCAUCCGCAAAGCUGUAUUACGUAUGCUUCCAAGAAACAAAUUGCGUGAUGAUAGAGAUCGAAAAUUGAGGAUAUUUGCUGGAAGUGAGCAUCCUUUUGGUGACAGACCCAUUGAACCAUACAUAGCGCCUCCUAGAAGAGUACGCGAAAUGCGGCCCCGUGCAAGGCGAGCAAUGAUUCGAGCUCAGAAGAAAGCUGAGCUGCAACAACAGAGUGCCAAUGAGACAAUAAAAGGCAAAAGGGCGAAACAAGUUAAAGCAGACGUGAGUCAAUAAAUAGCAGUUGGAGCGUGUUCUCGUACUUGAUAGAGGGCAAUUUCUUAUCGUUUGUAUGUACCCAUCAUGAAUGGGGGGGCAUAAAUCAGCUCUUAUUUUGGAAGAUAGUCAACGUUCGGGUUGUGAAAUUCUUUUAUGGUUAUCAGAAUUCUAAUCAAAUGUUUGUAUUGCGGUGUCAAAA